CCGGAAGUGACGUGCGGGUCCGCUGAUCAGCCUCACCCCCUGUGCUGCUUGCUCUCGGUGUGUAUAUCUGUGCUGGCAGGGAUGGGGUUAAUGCACACACACAGUGCCAUGGAGACAGGUUCCAUUCCUGCCAUGUGCUCUGACUAUGGCACUAUCACAUGUAACGUGUGGCUCUCACUGGGGACAUGUUUACAGACCAUAUGGUUCAUAACACACAGGGUAUCUAUCCUCUCUGCAUCCGGGUAGGACUAAUAUCACACACUGAGGGGAGAGGGGGGCUAGCUAGGCACUGAGACACUGUGUGUAAUAAUAUAUAAUAAUAUUUAUAUAACUUCACUGUGUACUACAGGAGCCUGGUAUAUAAUCACACACUGAGGGGGGCUAGCUAGCCACUGAGACACUGUGUGUAAUAAUAUAUAAUAAUAAUAUUUAUAUAACUUCACUGUGUACUACAGGAGCCUGGUAUAUAAUCACACACUGAGGGGAGAGGGGGGCUAGCUAGCCACUGAGACACUGUGUGUAAUAAUAUAUAAUAAUAAUAUUUAUAUAACCUCACUGUGCACUACAGGAGCCUGGUAUAUAAUCACACACUGAGGGGAGAGGGGGGCUAGCUACUGAGACACUGUGUGUAAUAAUAUAUAAUAAUAUUUAUAUAACCUCACUGUGCAUUACAGGAGCCUGGUAUAUAAUCACACACUGAGGGGGGCUAGCUAGCCACUGAGACAGUGUGUGUAAUAAUAUGUAAUAAUAUAUAAUAAUAUUUAUAUAACCUCACUGUGCACUACAGGAGCCUGGUAUAUAAUCACACAGUGAGGGGGCUAGCUAGCCACUGAGAUACUGUGUGUAAUAAUAUAUAAUAAUAUUUAUAUAACCUCACUGUGCACUACAGGAGCCUGGUAUAUAAUCACACACUGAGGGAGGCUAGCUAGCCACUGAGACACUGUGUGUAAUAAUAUAUAAUAUAAUAUCACUGUGCACUACAGGAGCCUGGUAUAUAAUCACACACUGAGGGGGGCUAGCUAGCCACUGAGACACUGUGUGUAAUAAUAUAUAAUAAUAUUUAUAUAACCUCACUGUGCACUACAGGAGCCUGGUAUAUAAUCACACACUGAGGGGGGCUAGCUAGCCACUGAGACACUGUGUGUAAUAAUAUAUAAUAAUAUUUAUAUAACCUCACUGUGCACUACAGGAGCCUGGUAUAUAAUCACACACUGAGGGGGGCUAGCUAGCCACUGAGACACUGUGUGUAAUAAAUAUAUAAUAAUAUUUAUAUAACCUCACUGUGCACUACAGGAGCCUGUAUAUAAUCACACACUGAGGGGGGCUAGCUAGGCACUGAGACACUGUGUGUAAUAAUAUAUAAUAAGAAUAUUUAUAUAACCUCACUGUGCACUACAGGAGCCUGGUAUAUAAUCACACACUGAGGGGAGAGGGGGGCUAGCUACUGAGACACUGUGUGUAAUAAUAUAUAAUAAUAUUUAUAUAACCUCACUGUGCAUUACAGGAGCCUGGUAUAUAAUCACACACUGAGGGGGGCUAGCUAGCCACUGAGACAGUGUGUGUAAUAAUAUGUAAUAAUAUAUAAUAAUAUUUAUAUAACCUCACUGUGCACUACAGGAGCCUGGUAUAUAAUCACACAGUGAGGGGGCUAGCUAGCCACUGAGAUACUGUGUGUAAUAAUAUAUAAUAAUAUUUAUAUAACCUCACUGUGCACUACAGGAGCCUGGUAUAUAAUCACACACUGAGGGAGGCUAGCUAGCCACUGAGACACUGUGUGUAAUAAUAUAUAAUGAUAUGUAUAUAACCUCAGUGUGCACUGCAGGAGCCUGGUAUAUAAUCAGACACUGAGGGGGGCUAGCUAGCCACUGAGACACUGUGUGUAAUAAUAUAUAAUAAUAUUUAUAUAACCUCACUGUGCACUACAGGAGCCUGGUAUAUAAUCACACACUGAGGGGGGCUAGCCACUGAGACACUGUGUGUAAUAAUAUAUAAUAAUAUUUAUAUAACCUCACUGUGCAUUACAGGAGCCUGGUAUAUAAUCACACACUGAGGGGGGCUAGCUAGCCACUGAGACACUGUGUGUAAUAAUAUAUAAUAAUAUUUAUAUAACCUCACUGUGCACUACAGGAGCCUGGUAUAUAAUCACACACUGAGGGGGGCUAGCUAGCCACUGAGACACUGUGCUUAAUAAUAUAUAAUAAUAUUUAUAUAACCUCACUGUGCACUACAGGAGCCUGUUAUAGAAUCACACAGUGAGGGGGGCUAGCUAGCCACUGAGAUACUGUGUGUAAUAAUAUAUAAUAAUAUUUAUAUAACCUCACUGUGCACUACAGGAGCCUGGUAUAUAAUCACACACUGAGGGAGGCUAGCUAGCCACUGAGACACUGUGUGUAAUAAUAUAUAAUGAUAUGUAUAUAACCUCACUGUGCACUGCAGGAGCCUGGUAUAUAAUCAGACACUGAGGGAGGCUAGCUAGCCACUGAGACACUGUGUGUAAUAAUAUAUAAUAAUAUUUAUAUAACCUCACUGUGCACUACAGGAGCCUGGUAUAUAAUCACACACUGAGGGGGGCUAGCCACUGAGACACUGUGUGUAAUAAUAUAUAAUAAUAUUUAUAUAACCUCACUGUGCAUUACAGGAGCCUGGUAUAUAAUCACACACUGAGGGGGGCUAGCUAGCCACUGAGACACUGUGUGUAACAAUAUAUAAUAAUAUUUAUAUAACCUCACUGUGCACUACAGGAGCCUGGUAUAUAAUCACACACUGAGGGGGCUAGCUAGCCACUGAGACACUGUGCUUAAUAAUAUAUAAUAAUAAUAUUUAUAUAACCUCACUGUGCAUUACAGGAGCCUGGUAUAUAAUCACACACUGAGGGGGGCUAGCUAGCCACUGAGAUACUGUGUGUAAUAAUAUAUAAUAAUAUUUAUAUAACCUCACUGUGCACUACAGGAGCCUGGUAUAUAAUCACACACUGAGGGGGGCUAGCUAGCCACUGAGACACUGUGUAUAAUAAUAUAUAUAUAACAUCACUGUGCACUGCAGGAGCCUGGUAUAUAAUCACACACUGAGGGGGGCUAGCCACUGAGACACUGUGUGUAAUAAUAUAUAAUAAUAUUUAUAUAACCUCACUGUGCACUACAGGAGCCUGGUAUAUAAUCACACACUGAGGGGGGCUAGCUAGCCACGGAGACACUGUGUGUAAUAAUAUAUAAUAAUAUUUAUAUAACCUCACUGUGCACUACAGGAGCCUGGUAUAUAAUCACACACUGAGGGGGGCUAGCUACUGAGACACUGUGUGUAAUAAUAUAUAAUAAUAUUUAUAUAACCUCACUUUGUCCUACAGGAGCCUGAUAUAUAAUAACACACUGAGGGGGGCUAGCUAGCCAAUGAGACACUGUGUGUAAUAAUAUAUAAUAAUAUUUAUAUAUAACCUCACUGUGCAUUACAGGAGCCUGGUGUAUAAUCACACACUGAGGGGGGCUAGCUAGCCACUGAGACACUGUGUGUAAUAAUAUAUAAUAAUAUUUAUAUAUAACCUCACUGUGCAUUACAGGAGCCUGGUGUAUAAUCACACACUGAGGGGGGCUAGCUAGCCACUGAGACACUUUGUGUAAUAAUAUAUAAUAAUAAUAAUAUUUAUAUAUAACCUCACUGUGCACUACAGGAGCCUGGUGUAUAAUCACACACUGAGGGGGGCUAGCUAGCCACUGAGACACUGUGUGUAAUAAUAUAUAAUAAUAUUUAUAUAACCUCACUGUGCACUACAUGAGCCUGGUAUAUAAUCACACACUGAGGGGGGCUAGCUAGCCACUGAGACACUGUGUGUAAUAAUAUAUAAUAAUAUUUUAUAUAACCUCACUGUGCACUACAGGAGCCUGGUAUAUAAUCACACACUGAGGGGGGCUACCCACUGAGACACUGUGUGUAAUAAUAUAUAAUAAUAUUUAUAUAACCUCACUGUGUACUACAGGAGCCUGGUAUAUAAUCACACACUGAGGGGGGCUAGCUAGCCACUGAGACACUGUGUGUAAUAAUAUUUAUAUAACCUCACUGUGCACUACAGGAGCCUGGUAUAUAAUCACACACUGAGGGGGGCUAGCUAGCCACUGAGACACUGUGUGUAAUAAUAUUUAUAUAACCUCACUGUGCACUACAGGAGCCUGGUAUAUAAUCACACACUGAGGGGGGCUAGCUAGCCACUGAGACACUGUGUGUAAUAAUAUAUAAUAAUAUUUAUAUAACCUCACUGUGCACUACAGGAGCCUGGUAUAUAAUCACACACUGAGGGGGGCGAGACACUGUGUGUAAUAAUAUAUAAUAAUAUUUAUAUAACCUCACUGUGCACUACAUGAGCCUGGUAUAUAAUCACACACUGAGGGGGGCUAGCCACUGAGACACUGUGUGUAAUAUAUAAUAAUAUUUAUAUAACCUCACUGUGCACUACAGGAGCCUGGUAUAUAAUCACACACUGAGGGGGGCUAGCUAGCCACUGAGACACUGUGUGUAAUAAUAUAUAAUAAUAUUUAUAUAACCUCACUGUGCACUACAGGAGCCUGGUAUAUAAUCACACACUGGGGGGGGCGAGACACUGUGUGUAAUAAUAUAUAAUAAUAUUUAUAUAACCUCACUGUGCACUACAUGAGCCUGGUAUAUAAUCACACACUGAGGGGGGCUAGCCACUGAGACACUGUGUGUAAUAUAUAAUAAUAUUUAUAUAACCUCACUGUGCACUACAGGAGCCUGGUAUAUAAUCACACACUGAGGGGGGCUAGCUAGCUACUGAGACACUGUGUGUAAUAAUAUAUAAUAAUAUUUAUAUAACCUCACUGUGCACUACAGGAGCCUGGUAUAUAAUCACACACUGAGGGGGGCUAGCUAGCCACUGAGACACUGUGUGUAAUAAUAUAUAAUAAUACUUAUAUAACCUCACUGUGCACUACAGGAGCCUGGUAUAUAAUCACACACUGAGGGGGGCUAGCUACUAUCUACUGAGAAACUGUGUGUAAUAAUAUAAUAUUAAUCUAUAUAAGAUGUUCAAUAAUAAUCUCCAGCCUGUUGUGUGGUAUGUUUACACUAUAGAGUAGCUUACGAGCCAUCUAAGGUGAAAAGCAAGCAAACAAAUCUAGUAAUAUUAAAACAAGGAAAAUAACCUUAAUUGUAUUCAAUCAAAUGGUUAAUAUGGCCACCUUUGUAAAGUAUUGUGUUAAAGCUAUAUGUGUGGCAGAAUUUUCAGAUGGGACCCCUAUCAAUAGAAGUUGACCUGUUUUUAGUUAAUGGUUCAUCCUUAAAUAAUUUGCUUUCUUGCCCACACAGGUUGUUUGAUUAUAUUUGAUCCUGAAAAUACAUAGAACAUGGGCGCCGCAUCAUGAUGUCAGAUCAGGAGGCUACCACUUGCCUGGCGCUCCACUCCGAAGAGGAGCCACCAGCUGACAUUGGCAUGGAGCAAGGAGAUGCUAAACCUGAAGUGGAGGGUGCAAAAUCACUCACAGCGAGCACUUUGGUACCAGUGACAGAGCUUGACGCAACACCAAAUACAGAGAAGCAGGAGAUUGAGUUGAAUGAUCCUGCAGUUCUGGAAUGGAUGGUACAGACCGAUAAAACAUCAGAAAAUGAAAAUCACAAUGGUAUGCUGUUUACAAGCACAAGAAUAGCAUAAAUGGGUAUUCUCAACCAUUUUAGGAUUAAAGUACGCUUAAAUUAGAGAAAAAUCUCCAACCCACAUCUACUUUUUCUUUAAUUUUGUAAUAUUUCAGACUUGUACCUGCCCUUCAUACGUUAGUAUUAUUUGUGUAAAAAAAAAAAAAAAUGGGCUUUGGUGCAAUGUCAUCAUCAAUUAUAUGCUGUUGCUUGAUGUUCUACCCACCCCUCCCUCCCGGUGUGUCGCCCCCUCCCCCUAUUUCUAUAUAUUUUUGUAUUUUUUAUUAUUGGUUUCUUUUCUGUCUAUCCUUCAUGUUUAAUUCCAAGAGAGUGUGAGAGCUUAUUAUAUCUGGUUUAAUUUCUAUAUUUUACUACUUUAUUUGUCUAUCUGCCCGGUUCAGGGUUAUUUUACCCUCUUUAUUUCUUUACACUUUGUCUGAGGGAGAAAAACUAAGAUCUUUAUGUGGGACGCCGACAGCUUAAUAGGUCAUCCAGUCUAUUUAUCCAUGAAUCCCAGUCUUCUAUCUGUUUAUAUCUAUUUCCCAAGUUUACUAGUAUACCUCUUUCCAUUCUUGCUUGCAAAGUUACUUGUUUUAUUAAUUCAUUAAUAUUUGGAAUUGUAUCUGCUUUCCAAUUUCUUGCAAGGAGUAAUAUAGCUGCAGUCAUAAUAUGUAAUGUCACCAUUGAUGUUUUCUGUGUCAUUUCUGGCCAGUUCAAGUUUAAUAGAACACCCACAUCUACUUGUUGUUCUUAAUACCUUUUUAUGAGCAGUUUAAAAAUCUCAGUUACUUGAAGCCUUGCUAGAAAGACUUGUAUACUCGUAUCCAAAUUGACAUAUUCGCUUUAAUUACUGCUCGAUAAGCACUUCCGAUUUUAAUAAUUACACUUGUUAAAAAUAAAUAAAUAAAUAUAUAUAUAUAUAUUUUUAACAAGUGUAAUUAUUAAAAUCGGAAGUGCUUAUCGAGCAGUAAUAUAUAUAUAUGUAUGUAUGUAUAUAUAAUAUAUAUAUGUAUGUGUAAAGUAAUGUUAGCACUCCAAGGACUUCGAAAAUAUCGUGAAAAAAACGUAGCUUUUUAUUCAGGCAUCUGCCACAGAAGAUCAACGUUUCAGUUCUCUAAGGAACUUUUGUCAGGAUAACCCACAAGUCCAUUAACAUAAUCAAUAAACUGUAUACAGGCUGUACUCACAAUUAACCCCUGGUCUGGUUGCUGCUGCUGCUGCAAAAAAAGGGAAUGGUCAGUUUAACGGUCUGCACCUCCUGAUUUAGUGAGUAAACCCCACAGUAUUGUAAAACCUGACUAACCUGCGCCCUCUAUUAAAUGUAAAUAUGGAGAGAAACUGUCAGUUAUUGCAAUAUUGUUAGUUAUCUGCAUUUUUAAAAAUGCAAACAGGUUGCAGGUUCUCAAAGCAGAAAAUGUGACCAUUUUUAAUUAUAUAGCUUUUGUUAAAGGGACACUAUAGUCACCAGAACAACUACAGCUUAUUGUAUUUGUUCUGGUGAGUAGAAUCAUUACCUUCAGGCUUUUUGCUGUAAACACUGCCUUUUCAGAGAAAAAGCAGUGUUUACAUUACAGCCUAGUGAUAACUUCACUGGCCACUCCUCAGAUGGCUGUUAGAGAUCCUUCCUGGGUCAUGGCUGCCUAACAUGCAUCCAAAUUCAGUAUGUCCUCCCUCUGCAUGCAGACACUGAACUUUCCUCAUAGAGAUUCAUUGAUUCAAUUCAUCUCUAUGAGUAGAUGCUGAUUGGCCAGGACUGUGUUUGAAUCAUGCUGGCUCUGCCUCUUUGUCAGUCUCAGCCAAUCCUAUGGGGAAGCAUUGUGAUUGGAUCAGGCCACCACUUCUGAUGUCAGCAGAUAGCUUGUUUUUUUUAGGCAAACAGCAUGCAGAUCUACAGCUUCAGGCUUUAAUACAGUAAGAUUUUGCUAUAUUUAUGGAGCCAUGAGGGAUCCAGGGGGGCUAGAUGGUGGUUUUAGGGUCAGGAAUACAUGUUUGUAUAUAGUGAUCCUUUAAAUCUACUGUUGCAAAAUAUGUACGUGAGCUUUACUGCUAAUUUUUAGGAACCUUUGUCAAGUAUUGUAAGGUAAGUGUUAUCAAACCUCUAAUGCUUUUUUUUAGUGUACCAUAUUUUUUUGUUCUGUAAAAGAGGAAUACAUUCAAAGCUGAUUUCUGUUAACCUGCAUAAUUUUAAUAUUCUGGCAUUCACGAGCAACGUAUCCAUAUGUUUGUUGUUGGUUUCAAAGCUGGCUAGGGAUCCGGCAGUUCAAGUAAAUGUUACUUCAAAAAAUAACCUGUGCUUUAGUAAUGAAAUGGUUAAAAUGUGUAAUGUGUCCUAAAUGUUGUGAAGUGCACGGUGAGAUAAUAUUGUAUUGAAAUACAGUUAAAGGAACACUCUAGUGUGAAAAUUGGAGAUAAGGGUUACAAACCUAUGGGACAUGGAUGGAAAUUGCCUUGAUAAACCAAUCCUACUCUUAAAGUGCCCUUGGUGUCAUGAUGCUGUGCACGAGGACGCUGAACAUGAACACUUUAGAACAUCAAAUGUGCGUAGAAGCAUGUUUUUGGACAACAUUGCUGUUUUGCAUUUUCUGAGAAAAAGGACAGAACAAUUUAAGCACCUCAACCACUACAGCUUAAAGGACCACUAUAGUGCCAGGAAAACAUACUCGUUUUCCUGGCACUAUAGUGCCCUGAGGGUGCCCCCACCCUCAGGGUCCCCCUCCCGCCUGGCUCUGGAAGGGGGAAAGGGGUUAAAACUUACCUUUUUCCAGCGCUGGGCGGGGAGCUCUCCUCCUCCCCGUCGGCUGAAUGCGCACGCGCGCCAAGAGCUGCGCGCGCAUUCAGCCGGUCGCAUAGGAAAGCAUCCUCAAUGCUUUCCUAUGGACACUUGCGUGCUCUCACUGUGAUUUUCACAGUGAGAAUCACGCAAGCGCCUCUAGCGGCUGUCAAUGAGACAGCCACUAGAGGAUUUGGGGGAAGGCUUAACCCAUUCAUAAACAUAGCAGCUGGGCUGAGAUCAUCAUCAUUGAUGAUCUCAGCUGGGCUGAGCCCUGUGUGUUCCGGAGGGUAAAUUGUAUUUCCUGGACAUGGCAGCACUACAGGGUUAUAUGUUUGUUUCUACCUGUUGAGUGGUUUUGGUUCAUAAAGUGUGCUUUUUUUUUUUUAUAAGCUUACAUCUGGUGCAUAGUAAUUUACUUUAGAGUGCAGAUUAUGUGUUUCUGUUUUGUGCAGUUUCUGGAGGUCUGGUAUAAACCUACUGAUGAUGUGUAGAAAAUUAGAAUCUGGAUACGUUUGACAUUAUAUUAACCAACCAUGCCCUAAACCAAUAUGUUUUAAAAAAAGGUUUUUAAUAUUUGUAGAAUUUGUUUUCAUCUCACUGUGAUUCAAAUAUGCUCUAAAGUCUCCACAGGAUUGUAUAUAAUGUUUUGCAUUAACAGAAUUCAUAUGCAAUCUCUGCUUCACACGGUUAAUGUACCAACUUCUACUAUUGCAAGAUUUGCAUAGUCUCCUGCAGAGUUUCAUUUACACACAGUAUUUAUACAUGUCCUUAUGCCCUAUUUGGUACACUUUACCCACAAUUCCAGAUAUGUACCGCAACCAUGGCUUCAACAGAGUCUGCUGCCAGCACCAAAUUUUAAUAAGCCCCCUAUAAGCUAAUACAUAAGCUAAUGCUUCUCCUCCACAUCGGAAUUAACUGUUUUUCCUUACACCAUAUUUACAUAGGCUGUUGCCCUUCAAAAGGAUUCAUAUAUGAUCUUGUUCCUUGGCAGAAUGUUUCCAUGUUGUCAUGCAUGUAGUACAUAUUUAUACUGUUCCUGCUGGUGUUUAAAUGUCCAUGUUCCAAUCACCUGAAUAUUGUACUAUGUACUAUCGAUUCAGAAAUUGGUUCUAAUUUAAUUCUGUACAAAGCGGCUUUAAUAUUUAACAAGGAUUUACCAAAUGUUAUUGGGGUAUUUUGUACUAGAAUUGUGCACCUACUCUCACCAUCACACCGUGACCAUAUUACAAAAGCGCAAUAUAAGCAUUCUCUGUAGCUCUUUUGAUGUGUCUUUUAAUAAGUGCCUUUAUAACAGGAAAUACGUCAUGUUUGGGAAGCUGAGUCAAUGUAAUUUUUUUUUCUAUUUUUGAUGUAUUUACAAUUUGCACUGGAGUUCCUACUGUGGAUAUGUUUUAAUAUUUGAACGAUAAAAGAAGAAGCUCUUAUCUGUCGGCAAUCUGUUCAUAUUGACUUAUUUUGAUGUGAGCCAUUUAUGUUCUGAUUCUGUCUUGUGCUAGAUCUUCUGUGGAGGGACUGGGAAGACCUGUAUGAACUAGACAGUACUAGCAAGGAGCUGUUUGACUUCACUAUCUUAUCCUACAAUAUCCUCUCCCAGGACCUGGUGGAACAGAACCCCACUCUGUAUACCCACUGCUCCCCUAUUAUUCUGGGCUGGGAUUACCGAUGGCAGAGCAUCCUACAAGAGCUUCAACACUGGGAUGCAGAUGUGAGUAACACAGUCUAGAACACACUGCAUAGGAUACAGUGUAACUGUGCAUACACAGGUUAUAGAGUCUAUAUCCCUAUAAUAUUUAUAAAUACCCAGAAUGACUGAUUUUCACAUGAAAGCUCGAAUUAUAAUGUCUGCUCUACUGUCCGUAAACCCCUGCUUUUUUUCCUCUGGCUUCCGACAUGCAGUAUGUCAAUGCUACCUGUAUGCCAUUUUUGUUGCUCUGUCCCCUUUUUUUCCUCCACCUGUCUUUUUUAUCUAUCCAUGACUAGUAUGUCUGCAGUGGUGCGAGCAAGUUUAUGGACCCUUCAGAAUUAUCUAUAUUCCUGUAUUACUUGGAUCUAAAAUGUGAUCUGAUCCAAAUCCUAAUAAAGAGAAUCUAGUUAAACAACAUUCAUAGUGUUUGUUGGAAAGAUUAUCUGUACCUUUUAGAUUCCGUAACUAAAUAUUUGCGGUACCAUCUGUCAGUUGAUUGUGCACAUUGGCUUUGCAGUGUUGCGUACUGUUCCCGUGUACAGGAUGGCUUCCAAACAUUGAUUUUUCCACGCCUCCUUACAACAGCUGGCUUCUGAUUUUGAAAUAGCAUUCCAGUUGGGUUAACUAUGGAUUCAGACCAUUCCAUUCGAUUUUUUUUUCUACUGCCUUGGAUUUGUGUGUGUUAAAGAGUGUUUUUUUUUGUUGUUUUUUUGUGUGAACUAAAUUCUGUUAAGUUUCAAGAAACAUUAAUCAAAGCAAGAGUGUUAAAUACCACCAGCUGCCUGUUGAAAAAGUUCUAUACCUGAACUAUUUUUGCUUUUUGCUGUUCCGUUCUCAAACAGGCUCCCGUAUCCUCUGCUGUAGCAUUUGAAUAAUUCCAAAAUAAUUGCUAUCUAAACACUGAAAGUAAACCUUGGUGGCAAAGUACAGUACUUUCAAAAAUAUUACACACCUGCUGCCAGUGGGCUGCCAAGCAUAACAUUUCUUGUUUAUUUCAAAAAGUUCUACUUUCAUACACUUUCCCCUAACAUAACGUUUACCAGUAUUCCUCUUGAUUAUACAGGUAGUCCUUAGAUGAGGUGAAAGGCCACCAUGUCCUUUUUUUAGAGCAGUGUUGCCCACUUGGCAUCAUCCCAUACACAGUAUUCACAUGUACUUUAUGGUCGGUUAUGGCCUUAACCAAUGCAGGAAAGGGAUGCCUACAAGUCCUGUUGCUUUCAUGUCAGCUUUAUAGCCAAUCCCGACUGGGAGAACAAUGAUGUUGAACUUCCUCCUUUUAAAUAUCUGGAUUGGAGAAGGCCUAUAUCUACAGCAGUAGUUUUGGAACAAGAACUUUUCUUGUGUUCUUGAGUUACUCCGAGAUCUUUUGAUCAGUUCAUUAUUCUCUUCUCAGGUCUGGCGUGAAGACUAUACUGUGAUGUUAACAACCAAUGUCUGUGUUUAGUUUAUAAGGAAGGACCCAUAAUGAACAAAUGAUUGAGUGAGAUGUUCCAGUCAGUGAGAUGACAAACUAUCCCCUCAAAGAGUUAAUUGUUCUGGGGGUUCUCCAAAGUCUGUUAAUGUUGAAUCAAUGUGUUAAUUAAGCACAUGGUAUUAUUUGUCUAACAUGAUUCUGUUUAUCUAAUCUUGGAACUUGGUUAACGAUCAGAUCACAUUUGCCUUAAAAAAAAAAAAAGAAAGAUAAUCUUUCCUUUCAUCACUCUAUAUAGAACGCAUUAAUUAGAUUAUUGUGUCCUCCAGGUUCUCUGCCUGCAGGAGGUGCAGGAAGAUCAUUACAGGGAACAGGUGCAGCCCAGCCUGUCUGCAUUGGGUAAUAUCUUACAUUCUAACAUUAAACACUGCACUGCUGUGAUGGUGCUAUGAAUGCACUGCUUGUCUCCGUACCGUGAGAGAUGGAAUGUACUGAAUGCCUGGUCUAUCUGUUCAGGGUGUUGCAGGAAAGUGCUCUAAACUCCCUGAAUCCAAGGGCUGUACUGAGAAUGUGCUGAAUGCUCCUUUUCUGUCUUCUCUAAGUACAGUGAGAGUCAGAAUGCUUUCAGUACUCCCUGUUUGUCUUACCGGGUUCCAAUGUGAGAGAGUGUUCUAAAACUGUCUAUCUCCUCCGGGUACACUGAGACAGUGUUCAGAUUGCUUGCUAUCUUUCUCCUCUGGGUAUACUGAAAGUGUUCAGAAUGCUUCCUGUCUGUCUUAUAGUUUUUCUUUUUGUACGAAAUUAGACCAGAAAAUGGUCUAAAUUCUGCUUGUAUAUCCCAUUGGGGUACACUGAGUGCCCUGAACUCUCCUUGUCUGUCUCCUUGGGGUACAGUGAAGUGGGCUUUUCUGAAUGCUCCCUAUCUAUUUCCUCUGUGCACAUUAAGAGCGAUUGUGCAGAAUGCUUACUGCCUGCCUUGUCAGUGUGCAGUGAGAAGAAUAUGCACUAAACUCCCUGUCUCCUCAGGUUACAGCUGCCACUACAAACGCCGGACAGGCAGAAAAACCGAUGGUUGCUGUACAUGCUUCAAGCUUUCACGGUUUACUCUUCUUCAUGAGAGACAUGUCGAGUAUUUCCGUCCAGGGAUUCAAGUGCUGAAUCGGGACAAUAUUGGGCUUGUUCUUCUCCUGAGCCCCAUACUCAAAGAAGGUUUAGAAAAGAGUCCCCACGCACUGUGUGUGGCCAAUACUCACCUCCUUUUCAACCCCAGGAGAGGGGAUAUCAAACUGGCACAGUUGGCAUUGCUACUAGCAGAAGUGGACAAAAUAUCCCAGACAUCAGAUGGCGCCCAUCACCCCAUUCUACUCUGUGGAGAUCUGAAUGCCACUCCCGGCUCUCCACUUUAUCGAUUUAUACGCAAUGGGAUUCUGAAUUACAAGAAUCUGCCUGCCUGGAAGGUGAACCUUUUCACAUUUAUUUAAAAACCUGAAUCCAGUUUUUGUUUUUAUGUUUGAGUCUGAUAACACUUAUUUUCCACCCAGGUUUCCGGUCAGGAGAAGUUUUGUCCUACACUACACCCUUGGAUACUUUCUGCUCCUCUUUGGCCAGAUGCGUUGGGUAUCUCCGAUCACUGUCAAUUUGCUGUAAACCUUAGAAAAACAGGUUAGACAUCAAUAUGGAUACUUGGCAUCCUGAGAGAGACAUUGCAUAGUUCAAAAAGGGAAGCAUUGCCAUAGAUGACAAUGUGUGACGAUUGGUUUCCAGAAAAAAAAAAAUAUCUAAUUAAAUAUACUUAGAUGAGAGGAUUCUUUAUUAAAGGGACACUAUAGUCACCAGAACAACUACAGCUUAUUGUAUUUGUUCUGGUGAGUAUAAUCAUUCCCUUCAGGCUUUUUGCGUAAACACAGUUUUUUCAGAGAAAAUUAAAUGUUUACAUUACAGUCUAGGGUUACCUCCACUGGCCACUCCUCAUAUGGCUGCUAGAGGUGCUUCCUGGGGCAGUGCUGCACAGUGCACAGUGUGCAGCACUACCAUACAGUGUCUCCGUUCUCUGCAUGGAGACACUGAACUUUCCUUAUAGAGAUGCAUUCAUCCAAUGCAUCUUUACGAGGAGAUGACUAUUGGCCAGGGCUGUGUUUGGCUUGUGCUGGCUCUGCCCCUGAUCUGCUUCCUUGAUAGUCUCAGCCAUUCCUAUGUGAAAGCAUUGUGAUUGGCUCAGAAUACCACUUCUGAUGUCAGCCAUGCAGACAGAUCAGAGGUAGAUCCAUCAGCAGCAGACUGGAGUAAAGGUAAGAUUAUACUAUAUUUAUGGAGGUCAAGGGGGAGGCCACGGGGUGCUAGAUGGUGUUUAACACUACAGAGUCAGGAAUACAUGUUUGUCUUUAAGUCAUACACACAAGCUGAAUCACUUUGCAAUGGUAUUUUAUGUGUAUUUGCACUUUGUCAUACACAAAGUGUACGUGCAUUAUAAAUGUCAUGCUGUAUGGGGGUCUUGUAAAUGGUCAUUCUGGAUGGUUUAUGUACAGGUGUACUGUAUAGGGAACUAGUAAAGUGAGUCACACUGUGAGAUGUGUUAUUAGUUAGGUGACACUGCAAUGGGGGUGUAGAAUGACUUUGGGAAAAGGUUAGGGGGAAAAAAAAAAAGUUUAAAAACGUUCCUGUUUCAGAUAGACUUGUAUACACCCGCGAGCAGAUCUUACACCUGAGAUUCUGUGAGUGUGCCCUUCAACGUCCACCUGAACUUUGCCUGAUUGUUGGAGUGACUGACCGACAACCUGGUAAGGAUUUUAAAAAGGGGUUUGGGGUUACCCAUAUGUUGGCCUCUCUCACUCUAUUUUCUCUCAGAUCCCGACACAGAAACUGUACACAUUGCCCCACCUAUGAUAUUUGCUAACAGCCAAACUCCAGUCUUCAGGUAUGAACAUAGUAUUGUAGCAGCUACUUGUAACGGUGGUGUUUAGGACUACUACAGUUUUGUGUUGUUUUCAGGUCUCUGCCUAUACUGCAGCACAAUUUGCUCCUGACCUCUGUGUACAGUCACUUUCUUGUAGCCAAAGGUCGCCCAGAGGUGACUACUAUUCCGUUGGGUAUUGGCAGCACGGUGGAUUACAUUUUCUAUUCUGCAGAACCUCUUGUUGAGGACAACACAAGCCACGGUGAGUCCACCAAUCUGGCACUAGCCAGUUGAUGCCAUCUCUGAUAUUAAAGUAAAAAAUACUUUAAUUGGUUUUUGUGUCUCUAAUUGGUAAGAUUCUGCUGUGUUCCUACUGUACUCCUUUCAGGCGUGCGUUUCUAUCAAGACAGCAAACUGAAACUCCUGGGACGACUGUGUCUUCUCUCCGAAAAUGACUUGUGGCCUGCUCACGGCCUCCCAAACCAAUUCUACUGCUCAGACCACCUGUGUUUGCUUGCUCGCUUUGCUCUGGACAUUUCUGUACCCUAAUGGUGAAAAUGUCAUAAUCUUCUACUCGUCCUACCUUACAAACUUUGGGGUAGAGGGGUUUGUGCACCAACAUGUACUGCACGGCUGUCACUACAUGUGUGAACUCAAAGAGAGAAACUACCAACCAUUCAUUUUAAAGCUUUGUUUUUAAGGAUGUUCUGUCUGACAUGUAAGGUUGCCACAUUGUCAUUUUUUGUGAGGCACUUAUAAUUUCCUAGGGCUGUGGAAAUUAAAAAAAACAUUUUCAAAAAAAUAAUCUUAUUUUCCAAAGGACUAAGGCAGUAGCCCAUUCUCUGUCUGUCAUGACAGUCUACUUGUCCUGACACACAGAAUAAUUUCAGUUUUGGGCACUUGCCUAACGUCCAGGACAUUGACAGGGUUUUCCCAAAUUAAACCAAAUGAAAAAACUGAGACACAGCUAAACUGGAAAAAUUGCAAACUUGGCUAUAGUCACAAGCUUUUGUUUCUGUUUUUUCAUUCAGGCUUAUUUGUUAGAAUUCAGAGUUUAGUGAAUAACCUUAAGUGUCUCGCCCUGGUUCUCACUCUGCCCCCCCCCCUUCCACCCUCUUAUGGUGUGUUCCAGUUGUGUGAACUUUCUGCGAGAAUGGUCCUUGUUGGCCAAUGUGGGGUUAAUGUUUGAGUUGUGGACAAUGUGUUCUGCACUUCUGGUGGGUGCAGACCUUAGUGAUCACUUCCUUGCAUGCUCGGCACUCAGUGAGUCACAGUGCAACUGCCUGCUCAUUAGUGAGCACUAGCUAAAGGCAGAAAAACAUUGCUUGUCUGGAACUAUAUUUCCCAUGCAUUACAUAAUACUAAUUCCUGCACUCUGUCGGGCAAGAUUUGCGUGACAGCACGAAAUCCAUUGGCUAGUGAAGUUUCCCAGGUAUCUCCGCUGUGGUUGGUUUUAUUUUUUUUAAGAAACAUUUUGUCAGAAGCUCAUGGAUUCUAAACAUACCAACACAUAGUUCUUCCUAGCUCUGCCCAUCAGAAAGCAGGACUCACAGGGGUCUUUAAAAAACUCAAAACAUGACGAUCUUGCAACCCUCCCGGUGGCCAACUCCUGGAGGAUACAAAGCCUAGUUGCUGUCUUGUUUUCAUAGAUUCACUUCAAUGUCUCUACCAGAAGACCGCCUAACCCCUCACAGAGUUGUUCACAUGUUGUAAAUGUGUACAGGGGGUUGUAUAUAAAAGCAUUGUAUAUGUUUGAUAAAUGAUUGAUCAUAUUAUGCAUUAUAUUUUUUAAAUGAGUGUUGCGAUUGGAUUUCAGAAUGCUAUUGCAAUAUAGGUAAGGGAGUUUUAGAUUGCUACUGCAAUCUACUAAAUGUCUGAAUUCUAAUUGAUUGUUACAAUUGUUACAGUUCUGAUAAAAUAAAUUAAAAAGUCUGUCUCCACAAACAUCAUUUGAAAUCUGCUGCUGGAAGGUGAACUUUGCGUUUGUACAGGUCGGAGUGGUCAAUGGUCAGUACAGUGUCUUGGAAACGAAUUAAGGUUUCUUUCUGUACUAUAUGUAAGUUGGGCAAAGACUGUGAGAACUCAUUUUUUGGACUGUACUGUACUGGUUCUUACGCUGUAUCUGGGGGAGUUGGCUGUAUACAUGAGCGUUAAGAUUCAGGUAUUUGGAAUCCGUUGCAUAGGAACUCCAAAAGAAAUCAACGGAUUAGAUACCGACACUGUACAGAAUAAUUCUGUUUUUAUUAGGAUUUCAGUGUAAAAGUAGGAUAAAUAAGGAUAAAACGGCAGAGAGCAAAGACUCCCUUUCGAAGAGCGCAGUGACAUCACCUAUUGGAAGGGGACUGUGAUUAGUGGUUUCUGAUUGGCUGGCACAUGUGGCUUGGUGAUAAGGCAAUCUACAGUGUGUGCAAAUAGCGGGCAACAGGUUAUUAUUGACCCAUGGCCCCCUCCACCCCCAUAGCAGUAAUUGUCUGGUAUGCCAAUUCACUACACACAACUGGCCUCAACCCAAGGGGUAACAUUUAGGAUAUUACAAGCUGAUCUCAUAUUCCUGAAUUUCGACGUUUCCAUCCUGGGAUACUCGGUCACAGUCAGACCUUUUAUGUAGAGACAUAUAGGGGAUGUUUCAAGGUAAGUAUCUGCUGGUACAAUGUGGACAUCCUUGAAGAGCCAGCCAGAAAUUAAAUCCGUCAACAGAGCCUGUGUUCCUUGGGUAUAGUUAUAGGUGAAUUAUAGGGCUUUACGUCUACUCCAUACCAAAGUGAUGGGGGAGGUACUUUAAUUUACUAUUGGUAGUCUUCAUCCACAAGAUAAUCCAGAAUGAGUGGGGAGGGGGUUGCUUUCUUGGGUCCAGACUAACAGAGGUCUGUCAUACCCGGAUCUGGUAACUGUUGAGGUCAGAGAGAGAAUUGGAGUCUGAAGGCUUCUCCCCCGAUGAACUAGGAAAAAAAAGGAGCAUACACAAAUUAAAAGAGAACUCGUUAGUGGUAACAUAGAGUUAUGAGUUCUUUAUCACAGGCACCUUCCAAAAUUACACCUUGCAGUAAUUCACAAUAGUGUUGAAACAGAAAAUUAGAAAAAAAAAGGAAAUGAUUGAUUCCAUCAAAGAUCACAAAAAGACAAUCUUUUUAUGCUAAUACAAUUUAAGCCAUGUGUUGCCUUUAUUUGCUUGUUGGUGGAAUAAAGAACUUGCCUUUUCACCACAUCUGAGUCUAGCGUUUCUAUUUCUACUUAAGUAUAUGUUGUUAAGUUGUGGAUAAUAUUUGUGCAUUACCGUCUUUCAGAACGUUCCCUGCGGUGGGGGCUGGAUUGUCCUCUUUGUGGAGAGGAGGUGAUAUCCCUCUUUCGUUCUUUAGGCGGCGAUGGGGGUCCCUUUGUUAUC